CUUCACUGCAGCCGUCACAAUGGACAGCCUCUACACUUUGUCGCGGACUGCACUGCAGCUCGCCCUGAUGCUUGUCGCUUCUGCACAGAUGGGUCGCGGAGUGGACAUAGAGAGAGCGCGGCCUGUCUCUGUCCUGUACCCAGACAUUGCGCCUACCAUUAACCUGCCUGGUAUCAGCAGAGACACGGGCAGUCCCCGAGUAGUGGGCGGCUCCGAAGCCGCUGAGGGAUCAGUACCGUACCAGGCGGCUAUCUACCUCACCAUCGACGGCUUGGACUAUUUCUGCGGCGGUUCGCUCAUCGCACCCAGCUUCGUCCUUACAGCUGCGCACUGCACCGUCAACGUUACUGAGUUUACAGUCAUCCUGGGUGGAUACCGCGUCUUCGAAGCGUCGGAUGGCGUGAACCACGUUACGAGGACGAUGGACUCCAGCGCCGCAAUUGUCCACCCCCAGUACGUCGCCAGGAAGAAAAUGAACGACAUCGCCCUCCUCAAGCUCUCGGAACCAGUUCCUCUCUCAGCCAUCGACUAUAUGAGCCCCGUGCUGAAGACGGCACAAACGAAAGUGACGUCACUUCCAGUGUGCCAGGUGUAUUACCUGACACUGCUGUACGGCGUGCAGACCAACCAGAUCUGUACCAUCAGUCCCAGUGAAUCGGAGUACGCCAGCCCUUGCGACGGAGACAGCGGCGGACCCCUGGUGGUGUUGGAGGCAGACGGGCAGCCCACGCUGGUGGGUGCUGUGUCCUUCGGCAUCAGCUCGUGCGAGAGUCACUUCCCCAGCGUCUACGCCAGGGUCACCUCCCACCUCCAGUGGAUAGCCAACAACACCGACAUCACUCUAAGGCAGUGA